AUGAACAGCGAAUAUGACUACUUGUUCAAGCUAUUGCUGAUUGGAGACUCCGGAGUGGGUAAAUCGUGUUUGCUACUGAGAUUCUCAGAUGACACGUACACGAACGAUUACAUUUCGACCAUCGGUGUGGACUUUAAAAUCAAAACCGUUGAGUUGGACGGUAAGACCGUGAAACUGCAGAUCUGGGAUACUGCUGGCCAGGAGCGGUUCAGAACGAUCACCUCUUCGUACUACAGAGGCGCACACGGUAUUAUCAUUGUGUAUGACGUGACAGACCACGAUUCUUUCAACGAUGUGAAGAUGUGGCUCCAGGAAAUCGAUCGCUACGCUACCGCUGGGGUUCUAAAACUUAUGGUCGGUAACAAGUGUGAUUUGCAGGACAAACGGAUGGUGGAGUACGAUGUGGCCAAGGAGUUUGCAGACUCGCUGCAGAUUCCGUUCUUGGAGACGUCUGCGUUGGACUCGUCGAAUGUAGAGGAAGCUUUCUUGACUAUGGCUAAACAGAUUAAAGAUAGCAUGGCACAGCAGCACAAAGACUCGGCCAAGAAAGACGACAAGGCCAACGUGAACUUGAAGGGUCAAAGUCUGUCGAACACUUCAAGCGGCUGCUGCUAA